GAUCGUUCAUUACGAGCAAAAAAUACAAGGGAAAAAAAGCAAGAGAGAGAAAAAAAUUAAAAUUAAAAUUAAAAAGGGCAGGUAAAAACAAUUAAAACUGUGCCCUAGGUUUUAUUUCUUCUCUCAAGAAACCCUAGCUUCGAUCUUUUUCCUUCCUUUUUCCGCUCAAUCUUGUUGCUUUCUAGGGUUUUUCUGAGGUUUUCAUGUCGUGAAUCCGCGGGCGAAGUCGAAUCUCUCGAGAAUCUUUCGAGAAAUGGCGGAAGGAGUGAAGGGAACGGAGGCCAAGUUCGUCGAGCUUGGAAAAGAGCUCGCUUCGCCGCCUUCUUCUGCUGAGGAGCUCUAUUCGCUUCUUGAUAAAAUUGAUGGUCAGUUGUCGACUGUGGAACAAUCCCCGUCCCCAUCGAUGUUGGAAGCACUUCAGCCUCUAAUGAAGGCACUAACUAUGAAUGAUGUAUUGGGACACUCAGAUAUGGAUGUGAAAGUUGCUGUGGCAUCAUGUAUUAGUGAAAUUACAAGAAUAACAGCACCUGAGGCUCCAUAUGAUGAUGACAUUAUGAAGGAGAUUUUUCAAAUGAUUGUCGCAGCUUUUGAAGGACUGGAUGACAUAACUAGCCGUGCUUUUCAAAAAAGAAUUUCAAUACUCGAAACUGUUGCCAAGGUCCGUUCAUGUGUUGUGAUGCUGGAUCUUGAAUGUGAUGCUUUGAUUCAUCAGAUGUUUAAUUAUUUCCGGAAGACUAUACGGGAGAACCAUUCCGAAAAUGUUUUCUCUUCUAUGGAGACUAUUAUGUCACUUGUUAUAGAGGAGAGUGAAGAUAUCUCCACUGAUCUUCUCUCUCCUCUCCUCGAAGUUUUGAAAAAUGAUAACAAGGAUGCUCUUCCCAUUGCACAAAAGUUAGCAAAGAAAGUUAUCAGCAAUUGUGCCCCUAAGAUAAGACCUUACUUAAUGGAGUUGAUUCAAUCCAAAGGUGCCCCUUUGAGCGAAUACAAUGAAGUUGUUGCCUCCAUAUGUCAGGAGGAUCAUAAAGAAACACAUGCAAGUGCUGAAAUUCUGGCAGAUGACAGCAAGAUAUCUGAAAGGACCAUUUCUGAUGAACUGCCUCAGGUUUCUGCAAAGAUGGAGCAAGAAGUGGGUUGCCCCGAAAAAGUUGUUUCUGCUGCAGAUGUUUCAACAGUAGAGGCAACAAGCAAUGGUACUGUUCAAUUGGAAAAUAAUGACACCAUGGAAGAGCCGUCUUCUCCGAAACAAAUGUCUGAACAGUCACGUCGAAAUGGGCAGUUGCAAAAUGCUCCUUCCAGCCAGGCUAUUGAUGAUAACUCAGAAGCGGUCUCUGUAAAGUCAGAUGGUAUAACUGAUGUAAAGAAAGCAAGAGGCCGCAAAGCUAACACGUCAGUGCAGUCAACAGACACUACAGGUGACUCUCGUACUGACAGUGACAAAGAUGCAUCAAUUAUGACCAAUAGAAGAAAGGGUCGUGCUAAGGAAGCAAAUAGUUCAAAAGUUGAUAAGGCAUCUGGCAUGGAAGUUGAACCUGCAGGUUUUGUGGAACCUGAGAAGAAGAAUGAAGAGAACAUAUCUGUUGCUCCCCCAGCCUCUGUUGAGAAUCCUACAAAUUCUGCAAGAAACAAAGGAAGGCGACCACCUGGGUCAAAGGCAAGUGCGAAGAGCACUGAUGUUGAUGCAGUAGCGCAGCCACCUGCUACUGCAUCUGCACAGAAAGAUCAUUCAGGAAGCGGUGAGACCCAUGAUGAAGCGAUCAAAGAGAAUAAUACUGAGAAGCAACGUGAAGAUGCUGAUGAUGGUGAAGAACCUGCAAAUGUGACAAGUGAUACAGAAGUAAAACCAAGAAGUAGAGGAAAGAAGGGGCGACCAAAGAAGGAGGCUGCUGAGAGAGAAACUUCAGGAAGGAAACGGAAGUCACAUAUGAAGCAGCAAAAGGAACAAGACGCAGCAGGGAAAGAUAUAGAUGGAGAACAAACUUUGAAGGACAUGGAUUCUUCACUGAGGUCUACUUCAAAGGCACCUAGUGUAGAUCAAACCGAUUUGGAUGAUAGUGUUAAGCCAAUGUCUAGAAGGAAGCACCCUCUGAAGACAGAAAAUAUAUCUCAUACUCCUGAUAACAAAAAGAAACUGGAUGCAAGCCUUGUUGGUUCCAAGAUCAAAGUGUGGUGGCCGGAUGAUAAGGAGUUUUAUGGAGGCGUUGUCGAUUCAUAUGAUCCUGAUACAAAGAAACAUACGGUUGCCUAUGAAGAUGGUGACAUCGAAGUAUUGCUGCUGAUGGAUGAGCGCUGGGAAUACAUGGAAAGUGACUCAAGAAAAGAUGGAAAACGGAAAGCCGAAGGGAAUGCAGAAAUUUCUCAGAGCAAGAAGGUGAAAGGCAGUUUGAGUACAACAUCAAAACAAUCCAAAUCGCAAGCGCAAUCUAAAAGUGGCAAGGAUUCAGGCAGCAAAGAUGUUUCAAGACCUAGAGGUAGACCGCGAAACGGAGCUUCCAAUCCUGGAAAAUUAUCCUUAGAUGAUACUCCUGGUACCUCAAAGAAAUCAAGAGGGAAACCUGCUAGUGAUGAUAAAACUAGGACACCCAGAUCUAGUGGAAAACUCAAGGAUGUUUCUGACCAUGAGGCUGGGAUUGAAACACCCAAGGCUAGCAGUAAGCGAGAGGACCAUGGUAACAAGUCCAAGGAAAUGACUUCCAAGGGUCAAGGAAAGGGUAAAGAUGAGCUCCCGAAAUCCGCUAGAAGAUCUAAAAAUAAAACACUGAAAGCUAACUCAAAAGGCAGCAGCAAAUCAGGAGAUGAUUCUACCCCCAAAACAGCCACUAGAUCUGAGGUUAAUGAAGUAAGCAAGAAUCAGUCAUCCAGAACUAGGACCCCGAAGACUAGUGAUUCCAAAGUAAAUGGAAGCAUCUCUAAUAAAGGUAAAGCAAAAGUUGGGGAAAGUGGGAGUACUCCUCUUGUAUCUGAUGGUGAGGCUUCCAAAGGUGCAAAGAAGCGAAAGAGGAAAGGCCGCAAGUGAUGUUUCACAUUUUGGGUAUAGUCUCCUUUUUCUUGCUGGAAACUAUGUAAAAACUGCUCCGCAGUUUUAUUCGUAGUUCCUGCUGUAUUUUGCAAUCUUGGCAGUGUUUACUUAAACUUCUGCCAAUGGUAUAGUAACAAAGGGUUUGUAAUGUUUUGUACUACUUGAUUGUGUUGGUACCAUGACGAGGAAACCCGGAAAUUGACCCCUGACUGUAAUCUGGAACCCUGGUUUAGAUUGUUGUGUAGCCUAGCUAAAUCCUGAUAUCUUAUUUAUAUAUAGUUUCAUUGUGGCGGGGUGGUGUGUUGUCUUUGAGAAGAGUAGGACGAUUAAUUGUUAUAUGCGUAAUGUAAUUUUCAGGUUGUACA